CUUGAAAUAGAGCAACAGAAGAAAAUAGAUGUCAUUUUAAAUAGGAAGGGUAACCUUAAAAUUAUAAUGACGGGUAUUGAUGAAUUGAAAGAUUUAAAUAUUAACAAUACUGAACAUUAUAAACGAAUAAACAUAGAACCAUCAUUGGAAGAUGAGGAUUAUGAAGUUUUUGGAUCAGUUAUUUCGAAAUAUAAUUUAAAAUCAGAGGAUUUUUUGGUUACAUUUGAAUUAUAUGACAUUAAUGGAUUUUCUAUAAUGAUCAAAACUUUAAAGAAUACAAA